AUGGCCCCCUCAACGAAAGCGCAAUGGGCGCAGCCUCCCAGCCAGGAAGAACUAGAGCGCCGGAAUACGGUGAACAUUAACAAAGAAACGGUCACCAACACAGUAUCGACCGAUUUCCCCGGCCACUUCCCCGGAGAAGACCACGCCUUCUCAAUUGAUCGAUUCCAGUCUGGCUUUGACAUCACUUUCCACCAGAACGAUCAAUUCCACGCCUCUUUCUCCCUUGUCGGCAUUGACGCCUCUCUCGCCAAUGCCUUCCGUCGCAUCCUGAUUGCCGAGAUCCCAACACUAGCGAUCGAGAACGUAUUCAUAACAAACAACACUUCCGUCAUUCAGGAUGAAGUCCUUGCCCACCGACUAGGACUUAUUCCCUUCAAGGGCGGUCGCGAAGGUCUGCGCAGUUUCCUGCGGUUCCACAAGAAGGGCGAGGAUGCCCAGGACUACGACACAGUCCAGCUGGACCUCAAUGUGACCUGCACCGUAAAUACCGACGCCGCGCCAAACGAGACGGACCCGCUCAAGGCCUACCACAACGCCCAUGUCUAUGCCAAGGACAUCACCUUCACCCCCCAGGGCCGGCAAGAUCAAUACUUCUCGGGCGAGGACGCAAUCGUCCCCGUCAACCCCGACAUCCUCAUCGCCAAGAUGCGCCCUCGGCAGACCAUCGAGCUCUCCAUGUACAUGAACCUGGGUGUCGGCUCCGACCACUCCAAGUUCUCCCCCGUCGCCACCGCCUCAUACCGCCUGAUGCCGACGAUCAAGAUCACGAAACCCAUCAUCGGCGCUGACGCGCAGAAGUUCGCCAAGUGCUUCCCCGAAGGCGUCAUCGGGCUGGAGAAGGUCUCGAAGAAGGAGGCGGGGCAGCGGGGCAGCGGCUACGAGGGCCACGCUGGAGAACUCAAGGCCGUCGUCGUCGACCCUAUGAGAGACACAGUCAGCAGGGAGUGUCUGCGACACGAGGAGUUCGAGGGCAAGGUCAAGCUGGGACGAAGGAGGGACCACUUCAUCUUCUCCGUCGAGAGCACGGGGCAGUGGGACAGCGACGAGCUGUUCCUAGAGGCAGUGAAGAAGCUGAAGCAGAAGUGCAAGAAGCUCGAAGACCAGGUCGACAACAUGGUUCGGUAG